AUGUUUUUUGCCUGCAGCAUCUCAGAUAACAUCCCAGAUAACAUCCCAGAUAACAUCCCAGAUAACAUCCCAGAUAACAUCCCAGAUAACAUCCAUGAUAACAUCCCAGAUAACAUCCCAGAUAACAUCCCACAUAACAUCCCAGAUAACAUCCAUGAUAACAUCCCAGAUAACAUCCCAGAUAACAUCCCAGAUAACAUCCAUGAUAACAUCCCAGAUAACAUCUCAGAUAACAUCCCAGAUAACAUCCCAGAUAACAUCCAUGAUAACAUCCCAGAUAACAUCCCAGAUAACAUCCCAGAUAACAUCCAUGAUAACAUCCCAGAUAACAUCCCAGAUAACAUCCCAGAUAACAUCGCUCAGUUGACGAAGAAGGUCGAACGUAGCUCAAGGGCAGUGAUAGGCCAACGACAUAAUAGUGUCAGGUAUUAA